AUGACUUCCUUCACAAUAAGUGCACCUUCGAUUCGGAUACUCGUGGCUCUCUGUAUAUGUUUGUCCGGCCUUUGGACAUCAAACAUCCUCAAUCACCCCAAAACAUUAGAGAGCGAUCUUUCGACCGUACUCUCCAAUCGAACCCUGACUCUCGAGCUUCCCGGCCAUGGCGAAAACAGCAUCGCUGCCGCAUAUAUACCAGGCUCUCUGAGUGAUGGUGGUCGCGAGUCGAUAUUCUGGUGCAGCUUGUUAGCUCUCGCUAGUGGUGGAGCCUACAUCUACGAUAGAAUUCGAGCUCACAUCUGGUCUCAACUAUCCGCCUUGAAUGAGGGUACUCAAGCGGUGCCCAAGGGCGAGAGACUUAGAUACUAUCUGAAUGGUGUGAGGAAUCUCAAGUUUACUGGAUGGAUUCAUUCGACCGGGGAUAAAGACUUCUUCAUGGCCUGCAUGCUAUCAGUUCUUGCAAUCAUUGGAGCCCUCUUUGCUACCAUCGAGUCUGGAUUACAAAACAUCACUAGCGAUACAGUCGUCAAAAAGGCGGAACAUUUCUUGUCUGACUCUGGGGCCGGGGGAAACUUAACAUUUGGAAGCUCUGCUGCCCACGGAAGCUACACUCUCGAGAGCUGGACCUGUCAACUUGUACCAUUGAUUCCAAUAUCAGCCGUUGAAACCUCAACUCGGGCGCGAGACGUUGUGAGCCAGUCUUGUCGUGACGCUCAUACCUCUCGCUAUAUCCUCCUCGCCAUGCUGCCUCUCACCAUUCUGAUGCUUUUCACCGCCUUGAAACCACACUGGUUCACCUUCACCUUGGGCAAGGAUGGAUCACGUCCCGAUUGGAUGGCAGUACCACUCGAAGAUAAUGAGAGUGAAGGGGAAGAUGAUCUCAUGGCGGGCUUCGGCGGCAACGCAAGAGAGCAAUGGUUGUUGGAAGAAGAAUAAGCUUCAAAUCGAACCUCUCAGCUCUUUACUGCACCUUGGUUACUCUAUCAGAAUGCAAGAUGAUUUUCGAAUGACCUGAAAGGUUCAGCGAAAGCCACUGGACCAUCCGCUCUCACUGGACAAUGCUUCCGAUUGUCAAAAACAUCUUGUAUCUUGACAGGGUGAUUCGCAG